UCUCGGCUCGCCCGUCCUCUCUGGUUCCACUGAAGAGAAUGUGCAGACACUUGAACACGUUCUUUUUUUGGGGCAUUUUUUCUUCUGUUACAUUUCAAAAAGCUGUACUGAACUGUCAUACCAUGAAAAAAAAUGGAUUUUCUUCUCCAAAUUUGAACUCAAAUACGAGUGUGGUCGUAUUGGGUCAAAAUGCGUCUCUGCUUUGCUCCCACAAGAAUGAGUCACUGGAGAUCCAAUAUUUAUUGUUUUUGAAUAAGAAAUUGCUGGGCAACCGGACAGGAAAAGGGGAAGCCGUGACUUUUAACGUGACCAUCUCCACAGCCGAGGAUUUGGGCACCUACAAAUGCAAAGCCGUGCUCUUCAACUGUUCGACCUACAGUAACCCGUUCAACUUCACMGUCAGUGAGGGAGACCGCUGUCCUAUCUGCCCAGUGCUGCCUCUGCUGCUUCUGGGGUCACUGCUGGUGCUCCUGGCCAUAAUCCUGGUUCCGGUUUUUUGGCUACAACGAAAAUACAGAGCAAAAAAGGCUACGAGAGAGAACGUGCCCAAGGACCCUGGAGACAUAUCCAUGGAAGGUGAAUUGUAUGUCAACAUCUGUGAAACCCUAGCAGGGACAGAACACACCCAGGAGAUCCACUACGCCACCCCAGAGUUCGGGGAGGUGGCGCCAGGGAAGCCAGAAGCCUGUCAUGAUUAUGUCACUGAUUCUGCCUAUUCUGAACUCGCCUUCUGAAAUUCAAAGAAACCGACUACAUCUCAGUGUAAGACACUGUCUAGGAAAGCUGAUUUAAGUGAAGAAAARGUAGACUCAUUUGGCAUUUUGAAAGGUCCAACCUGGUCACCUAAAGUGAAUCUCUGGUUUUCAUGGCCAAGCGCUAUUCCUUUGAGCUUCUUGGGUGAAUCCGGUGUCRUUGUCAGCAGUGGU